UUGAUUGGUUUAAUUAAUUCAUGAUUGAUUUAAUUAAACUGAAAUAUCCUAUAUUUAUCUCACCCUCGAUUGAACAUUAAAGAUAACGAGUUAAACUCGUGUGUUGGGUUUUUAAAUCGAUACUUGCACGUAGGAAUACGUUAUUGCAAAUUGAAAAAAGAUAAAAAAAGAAAAAGUUAUAAUGGUCAGUUUGAUGUGAGACUUCUACGUUGCUUGAUUUUAUAUUUUUUUCAUGAUGAUGAUUGAAAAUACAGACGAGUUACCAGGUCAUCUUAUAAUCAGUAAUGUUGAAAAGAUUAUCAGAAAUCGAUGGCAAACAAUAAAAAACACAACAAGAUAUGGCUGGUUAACAUCGUACUAUCAGUGUUCACAAAUAAAUUUAAUAAAUGCAGAAUCACUUGUUAAUCUUGCUAUUAAAGUUGGUAAUGAUAAUUGUAAUAUUGUCGUUAAACAAAUUAAACAAAUAACAAGUGAUGUACAUCCAAAUAAAAUACCAAUUAUCGCUGAGGCAUUACUAUCAGAAAUGUACACAAUGAUUCUCAUUGAACAGAGGUCAAAAAAAUCAACUUGGACAAGUGAAAAAAUUCAAGCCAAAGAACCAAGUGUCUUUACAAUUUCAAGCAGUAUAUUUUGA